AGUCUUGAUCGCCCCUCGAUGGAAAAGUGGAAUCGUUCGUGAACACUUACAUGUAUCUUGAGAAGAAAGACUUCCAGUCAUAUAGAAGAGGAAAAAAAAAUAACUAUGUAUAAAUAGUGAUAUUCAGGAAGGGAUACUUUACGUUAUUUUGUGUUUUAUUUGUAAAAAUGGAUUCUGAGUUCACUCUCGUUUCUUCCGUGUCUAAAACUUGUAGAUUUUUUUUUCUGUGUUCUCGGUGCUUCAAAGAGAGGAUGGUUUUGGGAUGUAAGAGCAAUCAAGUGUUUUUUGUGAUGUUCUUUUCAUUUAUAUUUGUUUUUCCCACUAUUCUGGGCUUUAAUAUGGAUAUCAAGACUCCAGUUAUACAAAAAGGAAAUGCCGGAGAUAUGUUUGGAUACUCUGUAGCUCAGCAUAUCGACCAGGGCCAGUCAUGGAUGUUGGUGGGGGCUCCCCGAGCUCAGACAGGACAGCCAGAGAUAGUGAGAGGGGGAGCUGUGCUGAGAUGUAGAAUAGACCCACACAAUCAGACUAACACCAUUCCUCCAUGGUGUCAGAUCAUUCCUUUUGACAACAGAGGUAAUGAAAGGCGUCCAGACAUCACUGGAAUCUACCAACCAAUAGAGGAUAAAAAUGACCAGUGGUUUGGUGCGACAGUGAUCAGCUCAGGGGAGAGUGGACAAAUACUGGCAUGCGCACCGAGAUAUGUGUACCUGUCGACCCAGUUCAACAAGCGAGAGCCGGUGGGGACGUGUUACCUGGCGCGGUCAGGCAGCACCACUUUUGAGGAGUAUUCUCCCUGUAGAGGAAACAAAUUUCAAGACCCUGAUGGCAUAAGUAGUGUUAUGUUAUGGGGCUAUCACAGAGUCGGAUUCUGUCAGGCAGGGAUGUCUGCCGUAUUUUCAAACAAUGGCAGCCGACUUCUGAUUGGGGCACCUGGAGCUUUUUACUGGCAAGGUCAGGUAUACAACUACUGGUUAGACCUAAAUAACAACAAGUUGUCAACACGAGAGGAAGGGGCUUCAGAAGACAAUAAAUACAGAGGUUACUCGUCAGCAGUUGGACAUUUUGAUAAUGACAAUGUAGAAGAUUACGUAGUUGGUAUUCCAAGGGCUGAACGACUGUUAGGAGUGGUUCAACUCUACAAUCAGAAUUUACAACCCAUAAAGAACAUCACUGGCAAACAGAUAGGUGCAUACUUUGGAUAUGCGUUAGCUGUUGAAGAUUUGAAUGGAGACAAGCUUGAUGAUAUUAUUGUGGGCGCCCCUCUCCAUUCUGACAAAGAUUCCUUCUCCUAUGACACUGGCAGAGUUUACAUUUACUAUCAAGACUCCAGGAGGAAAUUCCGGCAGAAGAAGAAGGAUAUCUUAGAUGGGUACGAGGCCAGGUCUCGGUUUGGCAGUGCUCUUACAGGACUGGGAGACAUUAACAGAGAUUCCUUCAAUGAUUUAGCUGUUGGUGCUCCGUAUGGAGGGCUAGAGAGGAGAGGGGUUGUGUACAUCUAUGUUGGAUCUAUGGAUGGAAUUAUCACUGAGGUCUCACAGGUUCUCCAUGGCAAAGACAUUGGGUACUACCUCACAACAUUUGGGUUCUCCAUCUCGGGAGGAUACGACCUGGACAAAAAUGGCUAUCCUGAUUUAGUGGUUGGAGCCUAUGAAGCUGAUGCAGCUGUUUUUGUGAAAUCUAGGCCUAUAGUCCGAGUGGCAGCCAGUUUGCGUCUGGAUCCAGAUAUCAUUAAACUGGAAGAUAAGAAAAAGAAUUGUCACAUAGGAGAAGGCUCGUACAAAAUCCCUGUGCCUUGUUUGAUUGUAAGGACGUGUGUGGAGUAUAAUGGAUUAGGAGUAAGUGAUCAGCUUGGAUUUGACUUUUUCUGGACACUGGAUGCGAGGAAGAACAUUUCUAAGCGGAUGUUUCAGUAUCAGACCCAGCAGCCAGUGGUUUCUGAACGCAAUCUAACACUGACAAAGAUGGAGGUUUAUUGUCAUGACUUCAUUGUCUAUGUACUAAACAACAUUAGAGAUAAGUUAACUCCUAUAGAUGUCUCCUUUUCUUACCGUCUAUUUGGAGAGAAUGAAGUGUCAGGCCGAAAUAAACGACAGGUUGUCCGCAAAACCAUCCCUCCCAUACUGGACAAGUACAUCCCAUCAACAGUCACAGUGGAGGGGAAAAUAAGCAAGAACUGUGGAAAAGAUGAGUUAUGCAUUCCUGAUUUGUCUGUUCUAGCUGAGAGAGUUGAACCGUUUGCACCACCCAUAGAAGUCGGAAGUUCUAAUGAGGAGAUAGAGAUUAGCAUUACAGUGAGGAAUUCUGGGACAUUUGCCGAGGACUCAUACGAGACAAUGCUCUACAUAGAACUACCUAAUGGAAUGUUAUACAGUGGCAUCACCAAUAUUAAUGCUGCUGUACCUUUGACAUGCAGGCAUGUACCCAUCAAUGAAACUCGCUUUGUUAUUUGUGACAUAGGAAACCCCAUGCCAGCCAGAGCCAAAACUUACUUUACUUUGCUGGUAACUCCUAACAACACUGAUGGAUCUACCGACAAACUCGCAUUUAAAUUAAAUGUUAACAGUUCAAACCCAGAAAAUAGUACAGACAUGUGGGAUAAUGUGUAUACCAUGCAUAUAGAUGUCCGACAACACGCUGUGCUGGAGAUUUCUGCAAAUUUAGCUGCUUCAACAGAACAAAUAAUCUACAAUGCCACUGGUGUGAAAUUGUACAAAGGCACAGGAUUUGGCCCAGAAAUUAUUCACGAGUACAGGGUAAGAAAUCUUGGCCCAACACCUGUGAGUAGCAGUUUGAUAAAUAUAUACUGGCCAAGCUUUGAUGAUCAAGGAAAUCAUUUGCUCAAAAUAGAUGAAGAACCCAUAGUUCUCAAUCACGAAGGAGGCUUCUGUCAAACACAGCUUCUGUCUCCCGAAAAUUCUACGGAUUUUACCUAUAGAGAGGGAAACAGCCGAAUUAAUGUCCGUCUUCAGACCAAGUCAAAAAGGAAUAGCAGAACCAAACGGGAAACAUCCAAUGUUAAAAACGUGGUCUGCAAUAAUCAGUACUGUACAUUUAUAAAAUGUUUCUUGGGUCCCAUGCCUGGCCGAAUGGUGGAUUCUAGAGAGGCAGCUAUCAUCCGAAUUAAGUCACAUAUAUGGACAAAUACUCUAAUCUUAAGAGGUCUAACAUCAGAACCAUUUAAUUUGAAAUCACAAGCACUUGCACAAGUCCAAACCAUGCCAUACAAUAUUCCAGUGGAUCAACACAAUGAGACAUACAUGGUGUCAUUGUCAGAGGUGUCCACGUAUGUGAAUGCGGAGAGGUUGGCCCCACGAGUGAAGGGUGUGGAAAUCUGGAAGAUUGCGGUAGCCAUUGUAGGGGGAUUACUCUUGCUGCUGAUUAUCAUUGUCGUACUAUGGGUGUGUGGAUUUUUCAAAAGAAAACGAGCCAAAGAUGAACCAGCUUAUUCUAAACCAUUAAUGAAGAAUGGCCAACAACCCAAGGCAGAUCCCACUACACGUCCAUACGAGUGAAAAAAAAAAUCGGAGAGAAUAUUAAAAAAGUACACAAUAACAUCCCUUUAAGCAUUCCAAUGAACAACACAAGAUGGAGUUUGUAACAUUAGCUGGCAAGGGCACCAGCCAGGGUCAAUGUCUGGCUAGGGAACCAGACAAACAGAAUUUCUUUCCAUCUCAGAAAAGAAGAACCUGUUCUGUCAAUGUCAGCAUUGAUACUAUCAUACAUAAAAGUCUCCAUAAAUAUUAGGGGGAAAACCAAUUAAUUUAUAAAGGAAGUAUUAAGGUUUUAUCAUUAAUCUGAUCUUAUAGAGCAAGUUAUUUUAAAGAGAUAUUUUAUACAUGUGUCUCAUGCUUUUUUUGCUUUUAAAGGGUUGUACAUGAUAGCAAAUAAUGUCAUUAUACAGUGUAUUUGAUUGAAAUAUGUAAUCAAAUAUUUAAUAACAAACUUGGGUGAUGCUAAAUUGUGUAACAAAAAAAGGAUCAAUGUUUGCUGUAGAUCAAGUUCUGAUCAGUUGCCUGUUCAUUUUGAAUUCAAGGGUAUAUAGUUGAUGAACACUCGUCCAGUUCUAGGGCCCAACUUUUGUUCACAUCAUGUUUGAUUUUUGAUCUUUUUUGGGCUCUCUAAUUCUUAAGUUUGAUCAUGAACUAUGUCUAUUUUGACUUUAAGCAUUUGCUAUGGGAUACAUGUAUACCUUUUUUCAUUUCUUUACAAAUGUGAUUAUAUAAUACUGAUGGCAUUAAAAAAUUACAUGUAAUCUAUAUACAUUAUAUGACAAUGGCAAACUGCCAGAUCAAUCUGUUUUUUAGUCCCAAGUGCAAUUUUUUAUAUUGAAUUAUAUUCAUAAAUAUUGUAUGUACUAUGUACUAGAGAGUGUGUAUGUUUAAUUUACAUAUAUUGUUACAAUUAACAGUGUUUGAGUAUAAUUUAACAGGAUCUAUAAAAUCUGAGUUCAUGGGUGGGUUAGGGGAUAAAAAAAGGGAAGAAAUCUAAGGCAUUCCUGAUAUGUAUGUCACAAAAAUAACAUCAUUGAAGAUAAUAUCAUUUGGACAGGUAUAAAAUGAAUUUUAUGGGCCAGCUUAAUCACAUUUAAACAACUGAUCUGAAGAGAAGUGUUUUAUGGAUUAGCAGUUUUCUUUUGUUUCUGUUUAUGAGUUGGUUGUGUACACUAGCAUCAUUCAUGUGGGAUAUGACACAUUUUAUACUUAAGAGGUAGUGCUUUAGGGCCUAUCCAGACACUGUAAGUUUAUUCUAGAAUAAGUAAUGCCAAAAUGUUGCUGAUCAAAUUGAUUAAAUGCUCAUUUAGUGAUUUGAAAUCUGUACAUGCAGUAACUGUAUAAAACAUACUUAUUUUAGCCUGAAUAAUAUUUUAGUGCCUUUUGCACUGCCUUUUUUCUGCUAAUUUAUGUAUAGGACAAUACUUUAUUAAACCAAUUAUAAAUGUGAUUGUUAAAACUCUAAUUGAGCUAACCAUUAAAGAGGAUAGGGAUGAUUGAUCUUAUUAUUUUGAGUGUGCUAAUUUAAGUACUUAUAGUAUAUUUCUUUAAAGUAAAUUUUUAUUUCAAAUCUUUCGUUUUGAUUAUUUGUGAUUUAUGUGUAUUGUUGCUACUAGUAUAAUUAUUAAUGUUACUGAUUUCAGCAAUGUGGCUUGUAAAAUAAGUAACAUUCCACUGUGAUAUAGAGUUCAAGAUGUGUACUUGUUUGUCAAAUUGAAAAACAGCAGAAUUUGGACAAUGUUUCGUCUAAAAUUUAUCAGAGUGUUUCAAGUUUGUCCUUAUAUAUUUACAGAUCAUGACAUGGUUUGAAUGUUUUGCCUAUUUUUUUUUUUUAUUCUGCCAUGUUGCCAUACAUUGUGUAGAUAAUUGUCUGUGAUGUUAUUAUUCAGUGAUUUGAUGUUGUAUGUACAAAUGGUGUGAUAUAAGUGACGUACAUGUUAGCUAGUGUGAGUGAGAGAGGCCUGAUAGGGAUAUAUAAAUGACUGUUACAAAGAUAUACACUAAAAUAUGUUUGAUGUGCAUUGAGGACCAGGUAUGAAACAUCUAUUUAUGGCUCUUUUUUUUGUUUUUUAUUUGAAUUUGUGAGCCUUUGUUUGUGUGCAAUAUAAAUAUAAUUCUAAAUGAUGUUUGCUUUUGUCUCCUAUGUAAAAAAAAAAAAGCUUGGACAUAACAGCUAACUGUCAUUUAUUAUUCUCCAUAAUAUACAUCCGGUAUAUGGAAUUAGUAACAUUUUGGAAAUUGUGAUGUUUUUAGUUUGUUAUAACAGACAACUUUAGUCAGAGAAAGAGAGAGAGAGAGGGAGAGAAAGAUAAAUUUAAUUUAUUUGAUACUUGAAUCAGUUUUAUUUCAAAAAUAUUCACCAUUAUUUGAUAUUGUGGAGUUAUGUAUAUGAUGACUUACAUAUAUGUGUUCAGUAAAUAUUGUUUCAUAAUAAA